UUUUAUAUUCACUGCUUUGUAGGCUUGUAGAGACACUGCUUGUAAUCAUGGCAGCCAUGAAGAAAGUACUGGCUGCUGCUGCUGUUGUUGCCUUUGCAGCUUUCAUUGGAUACAAAUUCCUUAAACUAAAUGAAAUGAUGCUUGCUUCAAGAGAAAUGCCUGUGAAACACCUCAACUGUCAAUAUUUAAAGAAUAUUGAGUAUGGGGCAGAGGAUAUCACAAUACUGAAAGAUGGUCUGGCCUUUCUAAGCACAGGUUUGAAAUAUCCUGGACUUCCUUGGUUCUCCGAUGAACCAGGGAAAAUUUACAUUUUGGAUUUGCUGCACCCGAAGCCAACUCCAGUAGAGCUACAAAUCAAAGGAGAACUGGACCUUAACUCUUUCAACCCACAUGGCAUUAGUGUAUACACUGAUGAAGCAGAUGACUCUGUUUACCUGUUUGUUGUCAAUCACCCUCAGCACAAAAGCCAAGUUGAAAUCUUUCAUCUUGUUCAGGAGGACACACUUGUGCACCUCAAAACUAUAACCCACCCCCUACUCCACAGUGUAAAUGACAUUGUCGCAGUUGGAAAAGAGAGCUUCUACGCCACAAAUGAUCACUACUUUUCCAGUGAUGUAGUCCACCUUUUGACUCUCAUCCUGGAUUACCCCAUGUGUGAAGUUGUGUAUUACAGCCCUGAGGAAGUCAGGGUGGCAGCCAAUGGCUUUCUGUCUGCAAAUGGAAUCAACAUAUCACCUGACCGACGGUAUAUUUAUGUUUCAGAUAUUGUUGACCAUGAGAUCAACGUUUAUGAAAGACAAGAAGGGGAACAAUUAGUGUUUGUAAAGUCUGUAGCUGUUGGUUCACUCUGUGAUAACAUCGAGGUGGACCACAAAACAGGUGACAUAUGGCUCGGUUGUCAUCCAAAUGGCCAGAAGUUGGCAAAGUAUGACCCAGAAGAUCCGGCCGGCUCUGAGGUCAUCCGGAUCAAGAACAUUCUCUCAGAGAAACCAGUGUUGAGCCUGGAGUACGGUGAUAAUGGCCAUGUGCUAGUUGCCUCCACUGUAGCAGCUCCCUUUGAGGGAAAGUUGCUAAUUGGCUCUGUUUUCCACAAAGCCCUGUAUUGUGAUUUAAAAUAAUCUUUUAUGUAAUGAUUUUUUAAGAAUGAUGUUGUAAGAAAGGAUUUGGAUGGAUAUGUGAUAAAAAAAAAAAAGUUAUUAAUUCACAAUGUGCAAAAGAAAGAAAUGUUUUAUUUUACAAACACUGGCUCAUUGUGAAGGUGGAAACCGUAAGUCAUUUAUUUAGUAUAAUAUUCACAAAAUGCAGUUUGUUUUCUUGAUACAGGACAGUAUUUUUAAUUGUGUCAUAUUUUGGUCUUUCACACAACUCAGACCAACUGAUUUUACAAUGUUGGUAAAGGUAUACGAUCUUUGAGAAAAUAUAUUUUAUCCUUUUUCAUCUUUGUCCAUCAACCCAUUUUCCUCUAUUACCUUGGCUAUUGUAAACCUAGUCCCUCCACCAUCAGGAUGGUGAACAAUUUCCUCUUCCAUAGUAUUUUUGGAGGGUACAGUGAAGACGAGGCCAUCACUUUCUAAUUCAAAACUGUCCCCCUCUUUAUCUGCACUCACACUUUGUACAGGUUCAGUAUCUCUGUUGUCACCUUGUAUUAAAGGACGCACCUCGUGUUUGCCUUUGUCCACAUCAGUGAUAGCAUUUAUGAACACUUCACUGAUGCUCAGCAUGCGUCUGUGACGUGGCGAAUGAUCCAGGGUCUGGAUGUUGUUGGCCAGGAUGUCGCUGCAGCUCUUAGAGCGAUUUAUGUUAUUUGCAGGCAGUCUUUGUUUUUCCUUGUUUCCAAUUGCCUUGAUGACAGUGCUAUAGUCUUCUUCCUCCUCUGAUAAGAAGUUAAAGAUGUCAAUAACAGAGCGCCUUACUUCUGGAUUGUGCUUCUCCUCUACAGGCUCUGGUUCCUCAUUAUAGUAGUGUCUGUGCCUGUGCCUUCUUUUCUUAAACACUUUGUGAGCUUUCACUACCAUGUGGACAUUCCAGCUGAAGAAUAGAGACAGCCAGGCCAGGCCCAUGUAGAUCCAUAACUCAGCAAACACUCUGUACAGCCUGGGAUAUUCUAUGUUUGGAUUUACACCUGAAACGACAUUUGUUUCAUAGGACUUAACAAACCAAAAAGUUUAGAACCACAAACAACCUCAGAGAAACCUUAACUUAAAUUAAAUGACUUAUAUUAUGCUAAUGUGAACAUACCUGCCACAUAAUCUCCAAAACCAACUGUUGUGAGUGUGAUAAAAGAGAAGUAGAGGCCCUCUAGGUAGCUCCAUCCUUCCAAAGACAUGAAAACAAAUGGAGGGAUCACCAGGUGCACGACCAGCCCCCAUAACAGGAAUAAGGCUGUGCAGGUAAAUUGGACUUUUUUCUAAUGGAAGGGCGGAAAAAACACAUUACAUUUCAAUGUUAAAAUAACAUAAUAGAGCACCCUUUUAUUAACAGUUUUCAGAAAAAUACUAACUCCAGCUUUCAAUGAAAUUCUUACCACUGAAACACCUUUUCGGAUCAAAACCUGGGACAGACGUUUGGCCCGGUCUCCAAAGAAUGAACCCAGCUGACUUAUCCAUACUAGACACAGGGGGAUCCCACACAGACCAUACAGGAUGCAGAACACACGACCACCUUGAGUCUUAGGAGCAACAUUACCAUAACCUGUGGAUUACAGGAGUUAAUUUUCACACAUCUAGACUUCAUUAAUGGUUAGGUCAUCUGUUAAUCAUUUACAGAUGGGAAAUAAAGCAUAAAGGAUACUAUUAUAAAAUGGGUGUUUUCAGGUUAAAAGAAAAAGACCUUCUUAUUAUCCUCCUCUAGUAUAAAUGUUUUUAAUUUGCUUAAGUAUUCAUUUAGCAGGAAAGUCAUAGUUUGAUCAUUUGCAAAUAAUUAAUUUACAAAUACAGUAACAUUUACAACGGCACAUUUAUUGUCUUUGUUCUUGAUGUUAGUCAUUUAUUAAUCAGGGCUUGUGGUUUCUCAAUUCCCGACAAAUCUUCAAGAUAAUUAUUUUUAAGACUUAUGUACAGAGUAAGUAUUAAGUACUAUGUAUGACACUUGGUCUGUCUUUUAAAUAGUGUGGCAUUUUAAGACAAUUAUUCAUUCUGUUAGCAAAUAUUGACAGUAUUUGAUAAUAAAAAUUAAAACAAACAUAA